AUGAAGUUCGAAGUGAAAGUGUUUGUGACUAUCUUCAUGACUGUUGUGAAGUCAUGCGAGGCUGGCAGAGUGCAGGCCGCUGUCAGUUUUUUAACAAAUGCCUCCUACCAAGAAAUAGAACUGAAAUCCGAAUCCAGCCUGUCACUGCGGGACAUUUUGCCGGAGAAAGCCAAGUUUUACGACAAGAACCGAGCGCCCAAGCUGCAGGGACAGCCAACCAUAGUCUACUUCCACGUCACCGUGCUGUCUCUGGAUUCUAUAAAUGAAGAGAGUAUGACUUACGUAGCCGACAUCUUCCUAGCUCAAUCCUGGAGAGACCCUCGUCUUCGUUUACCAGAGAACAUGCACGAAGAGUACAGGAUCCUGGAUGUAGACUGGCUGAACAAGAUCUGGAGACCAGACUGCUUCUUCAAGAACGCUAAGAAAGUGACCUUCCAUGAAAUGAGCAUACCCAACCAUUAUUUAUGGUUAUACCAUGAUAAGACUCUGCUGUAUAUGUCCAAAUUGACUUUGGUCCUCUCCUGUGCCAUGAAGUUCGAGUCGUAUCCCCAUGACACACAGAGCUGUUCUAUGAUGAUUGAAAGCUUAUCUCACACCGUCCACGACCUUGUAUUUAUCUGGAACCUUACAGACCCGUUAGUGGUUAACCCGGACAUUGAACUGCCUCAACUAGACAUCUCCAAUAACUACACAUCUGAUUGCACUAUAGAAUACUCUACGGGCAACUUCACCUGCCUAGCAGUAGUGUUCAACCUCCGUCGUCGACUGGGCUACCAUCUGUUCCACACCUACAUCCCAUCAGCUCUCAUUGUCGUCAUGUCCUGGAUCUCAUUCUGGAUCAAACCUGAAGCCAUUCCUGCUAGAGUCACCUUGGGAGUCACUUCGUUACUUACUUUGGCUACUCAAAACACACAAUCCCAACAGAGUCUACCACCAGUGUCAUACGUAAAAGCUAUAGACGUGUGGAUGUCCUCCUGUUCCGUCUUCGUGUUCCUCUCACUCUUCGAAUUUGCCGUGGUGAAUAACUACAUGGGUCCUGUAGCUACGAAGGCUAUGAAGGGGUACUCUGAUGAAGACCUUUCUAGAGAUCUGGAUGCUUUUAAGCACAUAUUUCCAACCACAGUGGACCCUAGAGCCAGUACAUCAGCUUCCAUACCUCAGUACGAGACCUUCUGCAACGGGAGAGAGACAGCAGUAUAUAUAGAUCGGUUCUCUCGCUUCUUCUUUCCUUUCUCUUUCUUCAUCCUUAACGUGGUCUACUGGUCUACUUUCCUGUGAUUUGUGGUAUUCUUGGUUUUUUGUUCUUUUCAUAGUUUAAAAUGCUGUGCUACGCAGUCUUAUAAUUUUACUUAUUUACUCAAUUCAUAAAUAUUGUCUAUUUUUUUAAGGAGUAAUUCAUCUAAAUUGACUUCUCCCAUCUUUGGUGAGGCGAGAGUGAGUGUACUGAUGUGUAUUGACUAAAACCCACUCCGUUUGUACUCUUGCUUUGAGUUUGAGUCUCGAUAACCUACUACUUCCGCAGCUACGAUCGGGAAGUAUUGUAGACCUACAUGCAUAUCUAAGCAUGUCUUGUCUUGUUUCUUUUUGAGGUCGGAAAUCAUCCAAUGACUUUUCUCGCCUCGUGUAAGGCGAUAGGAAGUGUCAGACUCCUACUGACUCAAAACUACCCCGUUCCUACUUCUGCCCUUCGAACUGAAACCCCGGCAAACCGUGAAGUCUU